ACCCCUCAGAGCAGAAUGUCUAGAACCGUCCUCCUGACUAUCGUCUUCUUUGCGGCGGUGGCUGUUGAUGUCACUGCUUCCUCUUCCGCCUGCAAGUCGCCAACUGGACCGGCAAUUUUGGACGCCUGCCCUGCUGGACAAGUUCAUAUUAUGAACUAUUGCUGUCUGGAGGAAGAUGUCUACGAACUUCCCGCCAAAAGUUGCAAGCACGCAGUUGGUCCGGUUGUUUCUGGAACCUGCUCAGCCGGUCAAGUAGUUGUCGGAAACGUUUGUUGUAAAGUCAAGUAUGUAUACGACCCCUCCACUGCAACUUGUCAGGAAGAUAAAGAUGUAGGAUUUGCACUAGCCGAUGGAUCAUGCCCAAGGGGAACUUCUUUGACGAAGGGAGGCUUUUGCUGCGAGAAUGAGGGGGUUCAGAUACUACCCACUUCCGUCUGCAAAUCAGCUGUUGGUCCAGUAGUUGGCAAAAGUUGCCCACACCGUCAAGUAGUUGUAGGAGAUGUUUGUUGUAAAGCUAAGGAUGUUUAUGACCCAUCCACCGCAACCUGCCAGAAAGAUAAAGAUGUUGGACUUGCUAUCAAGGGAUCCUGCCCAGAAGGAACUUCUCUCACCAAGGGAAGUGUCUGCUGCUGGAAUGAGGGAGUUCAAUUCUCUACCACCAAUGCUUGAGCACAAAAAGGAUUUUUCGAUUAUUAUAGCGAAUAAAAAUAGUUUUGACC